AUGGCAAAACGGAAGGUGGACACUGAGAACCGGGGGUUUCAAACAAGGUGGGAGUCGGAGUAUAUGUUCACGGAGGUAGCUGGAAAACCUGUGUGUCUUCUGUGUGGAGAAAGUGUGGCGGUACUGAAAGAGUAUAAUCUGAGACGACAUUAUGAAACGAAACACGCGGACAAAAACAAGAAUAUGGACAUGGAACAAAGGCUACAAAAGGCAGAGGAAUUAAAACGAGGACUCAAAUCUCGACAGGCUCUGUUCAAAAAAGCCAAAUCACAAGGCCAGGCUGCUGUCAAGGCCAGUUUUAUUUUGGCAGAAGAGAUCGCUAAAUCAGCCCGGCCAUUUACGGAGGGGGAUUUCAUCAAAAACUGCAUGAUUAAAGUUUGUGACGAAGUUUGCCCAGAAAAAAGGCAACUCUUUUUAAAUGUGAGUCUGAGCAGAAACACCAUUGCCGAGAGAGUAGACCAGUUGUCCAUCAAUCUAAAAGAGCAGCUUGUGAAAAAGGGAAAAGAUUUCAUUGCAUAUUCCUUGGCUGUGGAUGAGAGCACCGACAUUUCUGACAUUGCCCAGUUGUCAAUUUUCAUCCGCGGAGUGGACUCCAGCCUAAGCGUGACAGAGGAGUUUUUGGCUUUACGUCCUAUGCAUGGCACAACUACGGGGCAUGAUUUGUAUGAAGAGGUGUCAAGAUGUGUAAAUGAGAUGGAGCUGCCUUGGGAAAAACUCGUGGGUUUGACAACCGACGGAGCACCUGCGAUGUGUGGACACAGGAGCGGACUGGUGGCGAAGAUACGGGAAAAGAUGCAAGAGGAAAACGCGACAGGUGAGCUGACAGCUUAUCAUUGUAUCAUACACCAGGAAGCGUUGUGCGGUAAAGCCUUGAAAAUGGAGCAUGUAAUGAGCAUCAUCACGCGCACAGUUAACUUUAUCAGAGCCAAAGGUUUGAAUCACCGCCAGUUCAAGGCAUUUCUGACGGAGUUAGAAACGGAGCAUGGUGAUUUGCCUUAUCACACAGAGGUGCGAUGGCUAAGCCAGGGAAAGGUGCUUCAAAGAUGUUUCGAGCUUCGUGAGGAGAUUUGUCUGUUCUUGGACAGCAAAGGGAAAGACACAACACAACUCCGAGACGAAAUGUUUCUGUGUGAAAUGGCUUUUCUGUGUGACAUUACGAGUCAUCUGAAUGCAAUGAACUUGCAGCUGCAGGGUCGGGAUCAUGUCAUCUCUGAUAUGUACAGUACAGUGAAGGCAUUUAAAACCAAACUGACUCUGUGGGAGACGCAGAUGCGGAAAGAAAAUUUGAGCCACUUUCCCAGCUGCCAGACCAUGAAAGAGAAGCUCUCUACCAGUGCGUUCCCGAGCGCACAGUUGGCUGAUAAAAUAGGUAUGCUUGCCGCUGACUUUCGACGCCGAUUUGCUGACUUUGAAGCACAAAAAAGCAGGUUGGAACUGCUCGGUAACCCAUUUGCUGUUGACGUGGAAAGCUCACCACCAAACCUCCAAAUGGAGUUGAUUGACCUCCAAUGCAAUGAUGCACUGAGGGCAAAAUAUGCGGCAGUGGGUGCUGCGGAGUUCGCCCGUUUCCUCCCCGACACAAUGCCCCAGCUGCGCAUCCAGGCUGCUCAAACGUUGUCUAUGUUUGGCAGCACAUACCUGUGUGAACAACUGUUUUCUUUGAUGAACCUGAACAAAACAUCACACAGAAGUCGACUUACUGCUGAACACCUCCACUCAAUUCUGAGGAUUUCCUCAGCUCAGAGCCUUACCCCGAACAUUGAUGAACUUGUGGAAAAGAUGGGACACCACCAAGUAUCACCCUCAACCUCAAACAAGUGA